AUGGCAAAUUCGACUCCUCAGAUACGGCACUCUCCGCGAGACAGCCCCAUUUUGAUAGGGCAGGAUUGCACCGUGGAGUUUCCCUCAUAUCCUCCCCAAUCCAGAGAUCCUUAUUUUCUGCUCCGAGAUAGGAUUGAACAUCAAAUGGCCAAGGUUAAAUCGGUAAAAGAUAUCCACAGCAUUCAACAGGAUCUUGUUACGCUUAAGCAAACAAUUGACAGUGUACUUGAAAACUCAACACUUUUCCCACAUAUAAAUGCCAGUGUCGAGCUCCCAAAAAGAAUGGCGUUUUAUCAGUCAAUGUCUGCAAGGCUGGCAGCAUUGAAGCGGGGAGCAGAGGUGGGGAAUCCAGAGCUUCUAAAUCAAGAUCCCCAAGCAUCGCCAUCAUCUUCGACAGCAGUCACAACAACUUUUCAUUUUGAGGUUCCUUGCACUGACCAGCAAAGACAUUUAGACCAUUUGAUCUCUGUCGUUGGAAACGUUAGAGAGCAGGCGCACCAGAUCAAUUCAGAGAUUGAGACACAAAAAAGAAACGCAUUUUACCGCUUUGGAUGA